GGUGGCAUUUCUGCUGCUCCUGCCCCCCCAGAUCCAGCCCAGUCCCAGGUACCUCCCUGCCCUGCCUGGCACCAAACGUGAGAUUGUGAUGGAGGGUGACCUGGUGAUUGGUGGCCUGUUCCCUGUGCACGAGAAGGGCGAGGGGACGCAGGACUGUGGGAAAAUCAAUGAGCAGCGAGGAAUCCAGCGGUUAGAGGCCAUGCUGCUGGCACUGGAUGAGAUCAACCAAGAUAAUCGCAUUUUACCAGGCAUCAAGCUGGGGGCACACAUCCUGGACACCUGCUCCAAGGACACGUACGCACUGGAGCAGUCGCUGGAGUUCGUCCGGGCAUCACUCACCAGAGUGCACCAGCCUGGCUUCAUCUGUCCUGAUGGCUCCAACCCAGUUCCGGACGAGGUGCCGCUGGCUAUAUCGGGAGUGAUCGGAGGCUCGUACAGUGACGUUUCCAUACAGGUGGCCAACCUGCUGCGGCUCUUCCAGAUCCCCCAGAUCAGCUAUGCCUCCACUAGCGCCAAGCUAAGUGAUAAAUCCCGCUAUGACUACUUCGCCCGAACCGUGCCACCGGACUUCUACCAGGCCAAAGCCAUAGCAGAGAUCUUGCGCUACUUCAACUGGACCUACGUGUCCACAGUAGCCUCUGAGGGUGACUAUGGUGAAACAGGCAUCGAUGCCUUCCAGCAAGAGGCGAGGGUGCGGCAAAUCUGCAUCGCUACAUCGGUCAAAGUCAGCCGUUCUAUGAACCGGAUUAACUACGAGACGGUGAUCCGUUCGCUGCAGCAAAAGGCCAAUGCCAAAGUGGUCAUCCUCUUCACCCGCAGUGAGGAUGCGAGGGAGCUGCUGGUGGCAGCUGCACGAAUGAACGUCACCUUCAUUUGGGUGGCCAGUGAUGGGUGGGGGGCGCAGGAAAGUGUGGUGCACGGGAGUGAGAAGGCAGCUAAUGGGGCCUUCACCAUCGAGCUAGCGUCCUACUCCAUCCGCGAAUUUGAGGACUACUUCACCAAACUCACACCCGAGCUGAACACCCGGAAUCCCUGGUUCCGGGAGUUCUGGGAGCACAAGUUCGGAUGCCGUCUGCAUGAGCCGGGUUGUGCCAGCCACAGUCUGAGGGAUGGUUCAUUCAAGCCAGAGUCAAAGAUCAUGUUCGUCGUGAACGCAGUCUACGCCAUAGCCCACGCGCUGCAUAAUAUGCGGCAGGCAGUGUGCCCCAACACCACCCGGGUAUGUGAUGCCAUGAAGCCCGGCAAUGGCAAGAGGUUCUACCGUGAGUUCAUCCUCAAGACCAAGUUCGAUGCUCCAUUUAGACCUGCUGACACAGAGAACGUCGUGCGCUUCACCUCUCUGGGGGACAGCCUGGGCCGCUACAACAUCUUCCACUACCGUCAAGAGCAUGGAAAAUAUGUCUACAGGAAGGUGGGCUAUUGGGCUCAGGGCUUAGUCCUUAACACUAGUCUGGUGCCCUGGGCUGGAGGGGCAGUUCCCACUUCCCAGUGCAGCGACCCCUGUCAACCCAAUGAGGCCAAGAGUAUGCAGCCUGGGGACGUUUGCUGCUGGAUCUGUAUCCCUUGCCAGCCCCACCAGUACCUUCUGGAUGAGUUCACCUGCGAGGACUGUGGCUUUGGGGAAUGGCCUUUGGCCAACCUGACUGGCUGCUAUGAGCUCCCAGAAGAGUACAUCCAUUGGUCAGAUGCAUGGGCUGUAGGGCCCGUGACCAUCGCCUGCCUUGGGAUGCUAUGCACCAUGGCGGUUGCUGGGGUGUUCUUGCGGCACAAUGACACUCCAGUGGUGAAGGCAAGUGGACGUGAGCUGUCCUACAUCCUCUUGUUGGGAGUCCUCCUGUGCUACGCCAUGACCUUCAUCUACAUCACCAAACCAUCGGCAGUCGUCUGCGCCCUUCGCCGUCUCGGCCUGGGUACCUCGUUUGCUGUCUGUUAUUCCGCCCUCCUCACCAAGACCAAUCGGAUCGCGAGGAUAUUCGGUGGGGCACGGGAUGGCGCCCAGCGGCCUCGUUUCAUCAGCCCCGCUUCCCAAGUGGCCAUCUGUGGCGCCCUGAUCUCUGCUCAGCUUCUGGUGGCUCUGGUGUGGCUCCUGAUUGAGGCUCCGGGCGUCCGCAAGGAAGUGAGUCCGGAAAGACGGGACGUUGUGACGCUGAAGUGCAACAGCCUGGACUCCAGCAUGCUGGUGUCACUCACCUACAACUGCAUCCUCAUCGUCCUGUGCACCUUCUAUGCCUUCAAGACCAGGAAGUGCCCCGAGAACUUCAACGAGGCCAAGUUCAUUGGAUUCACAAUGUACACCACCUGCAUCAUCUGGUUGGCCUUCCAGCCCAUCUUCUACGUCACUGCUAGUGAUUAUAGGGUUCAGACCACCACCAUGUGCAUCUCGGUCAGCCUGAGCGGAUCGGUGGUGCUGGGCUGUCUCUUCGCUCCCAAAAUCCACAUCAUUCUGUUCCAGCCACAGAAGAACGUGACCACCCUGAGGGCGAAGGACAACCGCUUCUCCACGGCCAUCACAGCCCCCAGCUCCACCUACUCACAGGGUAGCUAACCUCUUUUCCAGGAUACAUGCUGCAACUUUAAAGUGAAGAACAACUCUUCCUCUGCGACCGUCGUUCCUACCGUGUGCAACGGACGAGAGGUAGUGGACUCUACAACGUCGUCAUUGUGAAGAAGAACAAACACACA